AUGGCCAGGGUUGGCUUCGACAAUGACCCCGCCCAGAUUGUCAAUAUGGCCUUGAGUCUAAGUGAAGGUCGACGUCGCCUCGCUUCGGGAAGGAGAUAUGUCUCAACCGAACAGGGCGAACGUCGUGUCGUCUCCGCUGCGCCAACCACAAAUCCGAGCAAUACCGUCCGGAAAAAAAGCAUCGCACCCUUUCUCGCGACAAAUCGUCAAUUCUCCCAGGGUGGCUCUCCCAAAAGCAAUGUGUCGGCCAAAUACCGUGACCCAAAUGGGCCAACGGCACCGACCUCUGUCGAUGUAUCUGUAACUGAAGUGGACCCCAAUCUUGACGUCGACCCGGAUUUCCCUGGCCAGAUCUCGCCGGCCACUGCAGCCCGAGUUGAAAAGGCAAAGACAUAUUUUGAACUCGCCCAUGAGCAUCGACGCCUUCUUCCACAUCUGCCCCCAAUACGAAAACCAGGAAGCCACGCCCGUUCUCCUGGGCCAGAAGCAAUGCAAAAGGCGUACAAUCCUUUACAGUAUGUUCGAAAUCGCAAGCUCCGUAUUUGGGAAAAGACGCCAAUCGAUAGCGAGGUGGAUGGGUGGCAUGAUGUUCAGAAGGUCAGGGCCUGGGUUGAUGCCGUGGUUUCAAGUCACCCAGACACCCAGCACGACACUUUGGAGUGUGUCCGUUUACCUCCGCUUGAUCUGCGUACUGUCGACACCGACAAAGAAGAACCCGAUGAUUCGCCAGACGAGCCAAAGAGUACAAUGUUGUCUCGUGUACCAGACCAACUUCAUCCCAAGCCAACUCGCCCACGCUCUGACUGGGUAACUCAUCCAGCCGACUUGAUUGCCGAUGCAUAUUGGUUAGAGCAAGGCUUGAACAAGACGAAAAUCCAAGAUCGAGACAACAAUUUGAUCUAUCCCCCGAGUACCCAGUUCACGUUCUCGGGCUGGCGCAAUCAAGCACCCCCCAAUGUACCAACUAGCUUGCAGCGAUCGUCUCCACCCCCGGAGUCCCAUGAUGGUUCGUUUCAAGAGACGUCUUCAUCAGCUCUGCCUGAGUUGCCGACGUUUAGGUCAGCUCAUCAUCCACACAAAAGUGGGCGCCAUGGCCGCCGCAGAGACAUUAUCAGAGAUUCUGUUCAGGGCAAGGGUGGCAGCAGCUCUAGAGAACGCUCUCGAAUGCGCAAGAAGCUGUUUCAGGACAGCAGCGAUUCGGAAUAUUCGGCCUCGACGUCUUCAGAUGAUGCCGGAGUCGAACGCGGUCGCAAACGACUGCGGCGAAAGAGGCAAGAAACCCCUCUUAACGACGGUCUGGACAAACGAGGCAGUCACUCGCUGCCAAAACAGUCGCCGCAGGUAUUUGGACACGGUCCCGGCGACUCAAGUCAGGGUUCCUCUGCCCCAACGUCGAAAAGAACUUCAAUCGAUCAUACUGGUCUCAAUAAGCUUUUCAAAGUUGACAGUCUCAAAAAGUCUUCCCCCUUGACUCGGUCACGGAAUAGACAGGAUUCAUCUCGGCCUCCACCGGUGCAGGUCCCGGUCCGUUCAAGCCUCGAGCACGAACGGCAACCUCGCGCAUCUACAGAAUAUGACACCACCACCGCUCCAAAUUCCCCUAACGGAGUUGAAUGGCCUAGUAUUGCCAUCAACCUUUCUCCGCCUCCCAGUAGACCGAGUUCGCCCUCCAAGAAACCGAUGUCUACCAUCUUACACCCCUUCCGCAAGUCUCACAAGGGUCAAAUCAGCACCACUGACUUUGCACAUGUUCCACCAGUGCAAUCGGUUCACGGACCUGAAACGGACAAACACAUUGAUAGCCCCGAUUCUCGUGGCCAAAGCCCCAUGACCAGGACCGUCAGUUCACUGUCCAAAAAUCGAACGAACUCGACAGAGGCAGACGAAGUGACCCUACAAUCGUCCAUUGAGCACAGACACAGUACAGCGAGCAAAGCCAGCACGCGGUCAACUACCAAUGCAGGAAAUGACCAUUCCAGGCUUCGGGCGAUAUUCAAAGGAGGUCGCAUAGCAGAAAUCGUCGGAAAUGAGGUUUCUCGAGUAGGAGACUUUAUCUGGAAGCGUGAUGUCCCGAUAAUAUACCGGCACAGAGGCUCGGCCUCUGAAGGUAGUAUUCGAUCUUAUGAAGGGUCUGACUCAGAGAGAGAGCAUCAUCACCAUCAGCAGAACGGGACGAUUCUCAAAACACCUCCGCACCUUGCACGCUCAAGAUCAUCCACCAUCUCAAGUACUAAAAGCGAUCAUGUCUUGCCUGCUAUCACCAAGACAAGUAACUCUGGAAAUGAUCGUCCUCGAUACAACAAUCCUAAUCUGCCCAGUUUCACAUCGCCUUUCCAAAAAGAUCGCGAACGACAAGAGAAGAGGCAAGGGUUUCUGGCGCCAGAUGACGCGGCCACAAGGACUGAGUCUACAGACCACAUCUCUCGUCUGGCUGCUCAGCAUCGCUCGGCCUCACAUUCGCCACGACUUGCUGCCCUCCCUAAACUUGAUACUGGAGCACCUCCUACACCGAAUGACUUGGGUCGACGGAAGAGCUACGGGUUUAGCGCAGCUCUGGAUUUGAGCAGAUCGCGAGAUGCAUCCGAUCAGCUGAACUCCGUCAUCGGCCCGGUCAUGGGUCUGAGUGGCCUCCGCACUGCCAAAUCUACAGGCGAUCUUUCAAAGGUGGGCGGAUCUGAGAUAAGUCAAGAAGACGGCGAGCCUCAAGACGUGACGUGGCGCGAUAUUGAACGAGCACAAGUCCUCCUAUAUACUUCAACCGUCAAAGCUCGAGAAAUUGGACGUCGGGCGGAAGAUUCAGGUGAAGAACUGCCGCCAUUCCUUCUCGAAAGCCUUACCCCGGAGAACAAAGCCUUGCAUUCUGCGAAACCUUUACGGGUGAGGAAACGAGAACGACACAUUAUCGCAGCACAGAACAUCAUGAAAACGCUGGAAGGCCACUCAUCAACCUUCAAUAAGAAACUACAUUCAUUCACCACCUCGCUUAUACCCGCUCUGCACAGCCAACUCCAAAUCCUGGAAGAUCAGGUGGAAAACACCAUGACUCCGCAAGUACGAAUAACAGCGGAUUCGGCUGGCGAAUUGAGCAUGAAGCUUUCCACAACUAGUACGCUUGCCGUCAAAGAACUCAACGACUCUAUUGAAGUCGCCUUUCGCAGGAAGCGGAGAGGCCCGAUCAGGCUGUUCCGCAAGCUGUGGUUUGCUGGCAUUGAGUGGACCGUCGUUGGGCUACUUUGGCUCAUCUGGGCUGUCGUCUCGGUGGUGAGAUGUGCGUUGGGAACGGGCAGGUGCGUGAUUAAGGGGGUGAGAUGGUUGCUUUGGAUUGAUUGA